CCAGGGUGUCCUUCGGCCACGGCCCGCGCGGCAACCGCCUGGCCGUGGCCUCGGGCCGCAGCGUGCGAGUGGUGGACGUCGACGUGGGCGGGGGCGGCGAGGAGAGGGCGGCGCCGCGGGGACGUGCCUCUGCGCCUUGCCCGGGCACCUGCGGCCCGUCACUGCGCUGGACUGGAGCCCGCGCUCGCCAGAGCUCCUCCUCGGCGACGUGCGCGGAAGACUGCCGGUUUUUCAUCUGGGACAUGCGCCAGGGCCAGAGGGCCCCCGCGCAGGCCCUCCUGUCGCCGGCGCCGUGGACCGCCGCGGUGAGGUGGUCGCCGUUGCAGGACCAGCUGCUCGCGACAGGGCACGAGGACACCAUCUGCGUGUGGGACACGCGCAGCUCGUCGCAGCACAUGAGCGUGCUCGCCCCCGGGCAGAGCCGCGUGCUGGCGGUGGACUGGAGCCUGCACGACAGGGACACGCUCCUGAGCGUCUCCGCCCAGCCGCGCGGCUCUGGCGGCUGCGUCGGCAGCAUCAAGGUGUGGGACGUCGCCAAGAUUUGGGACGCCGACUCGCCCGCCAGGACCCACACCUGCAUCGACAUCGACAACGGCAUGCCCAGCGCCGCCCGCUUCCUGCCCUUCGGCCCCGCAGUCCUGGUGGCGGUGGACAAGUCCGUGGUGGUCCUCUCCCUGGACGGCGGCUCGGGCCGCAGGGCCGUGGCGGAGCUCCACAGGCACGAGCACGAGCACGCCGUGAGCAGCGUCUGCUUCGCACCGCGCGGGGGUGGGGAGUGGCGCCUGGUGUCCAUGAGCCAGGCCGGCCGCACUCUGGCCAGCUGGAACUUCCGCCCCCCAGUUGCCAUGCAGCUGGACACGGUGGCUGCCAUGCCGCGGCUGGAGCCGAAGCAGUCGUCGCCGAUGUCGCCGCUCAUGACGCCGGAGAUCGGGCCGGCAUCCUCGCCGCUGGCCGAUCGGAUGACGCAGAGGGUGCCAACGAUGAGGACCGUGCACGAGGACGACAUCUUCUUCGGGUGCCUCGCCAAUCUUCAGGAGCUCCUGAAGAAGAGCCAGUUCGUGGAGUAUCACCCCACCAGCUACCGGGAGAUGACGGAGGGCCGAGUCGAGUACCGGCUCCGUAUCGAGAUGGCCAUCGAGGUGGAGCCCGGCAAGUUCAUGCGCCCCGUGGUCACCAUCGGCGUCGACCCCGCGGCCCCGGCGGCGAGGAGUUGCGUCGCGGCGCGACUCGCGCGCGAGCAGCCCCCCUGGGACAAGGCGGACCCAGGAGAGGGCGUCAGUCACAGGGUGGACUGGCAGGACUUCAAGGGCGGCUGCGAUGGUCCGCUGGCGCCCGGCACCAUCGAGGAGACCUUCCGGAGAUACGUGUCGCUGCAGGACCUCAUGCAGGGAGGGCAGGGGCUGUGCGACUGCGUGGAGGCGCUGGCGCAGAUGCUCCGCCGGCGCGACUGCCCCCCGCGGCUGCCCGGCGUCAAGUCCCAGGAGGCGCGGUCCCCGGCCUCCGAGGCGGGAGCCCAGCGGGGGCGUGCCAGGGGCGAGCUGCCCUUCCCGCGCACGUGCGGGGCGUGCUGGAGCCCGAAGGGCGACCUGCUCUGGUUCGCCUCUCUCCAGCGAGUCACCGUGCCCAUUCCGCGCAGGUGGUCUUCCCUGGACUACUCGAGGGUGAUGAGGAUACACGGGGAGCACGCUCGUAAUGAGCUGCUCCUGGCGAACGAGGCGGAAGUGGACGAGCACACGAGGACUGCCCGCGAGCUGAAGGUGGACCACUCCGUGCGGUUCAUCCCCGCGAGGUGGCUGCAAGAGAAGGUUGAGGACCACUGGUGGACCAUGGUUGCCAGUGACUUUGCCUGUGAGCCCACCCCGACGAUGCCGCUGGCCUCCGAUCUGUGCCGGCACAACCGGCAGACGGCCCUGGACAUCGGGCGAGCGGACCUCGCCGAGGUGUGGCGGCUGGCGGACAGCCUGCUGGACGGGGCACCCGGCUCCGCCGGGGGGCCCUGGUCCCGGCCGUUCGCCGCGCGCCUCCUGCAGCGGGUGGUGCAGCAGCUCUUCGACUCGCAGGAGACGCUCACGCUGGCGCUGGUGGGCGUGGUGCUGCUCUGCGCGGGCCCCGCCCUGGCGCCCGUGCUCGGGGGCGGCGCCGUGCCCGAGGCGGAGCCCGUGGCGAGGACCGACACGGCGACGACGGCCGCGAGGCCCCGCGCUCGGCGGCGCGGCGGCAGGGCCUGCCGCCCCGCCGAGGCGCGGCCGCAGCCGGGCGGCCUCGAGGGCGCCCGGAGCCUCGCGGGGGCCGAGCGCGCAGAGUUCACCGAGGCCAUCCGGCUGGGCAGCGCGCUGACCUGGGCGCCCGCGAACACCCCGAGCUGGGGGCGCCAGCGGGUGCGCACGAGCAGCAGGUCACUGCGCCAGACGAUCUCGGACACCACGCGGGGCGAGGGCCCGUGGAGCGCCGACUCGACCAUGAACACCUGUCCUGCGCGGGAGGGCGACGCCUCGUGGAGCCGGCAGGUCUCGCCGUUUGGGGGGGCGCCCCUCUUCGGGGCGCCCGCCGUCGUGGACCGGCGGCGCGAGGAGCCCUCGGCCGCGGAGCUCGUGUUCCGUGACGCGGCGACGGUGGAGCGCCUGCUUCACAGCGCCUACGCGCACUGCGACCUGCUCCACCGGCUGGGCGAGUUCUGCGCCUCGCGGGCGAUGGCGAAGCUGCUGUGCAGGCUGCACGAGCUGCCCUUCUCGGAGGCGAGCUACGAGUUCGGGCGGCUGCGCAGGACGCCCCCGCGGGGGGGCCGACGGGCAC